GAGGAACGAAAUCCAACAAUUAAAACUGCAAACAUCGAUCACCAUGAAGAAUAAACUGAAGGCAAAAUCUAAAUAUAGAUUUCUGGUAAUUAGCUCGCUCUUUUGUUAUAUUUAUUAAAACUCAACUCACGUUCGUCACUUUUAAAAGCCUUGCGCCUGCGCGUAAGGAGCCCGGGAGCUGUCCAAGUGCUGAAAUGAAAGAAGAAAAAGGAAAAAAAAGGCGUUCCUCUCUCAUUCCUUGACAGCCCCUCUCACCUGAAAACGGUUUUACUUUAUAGAUACCAGCAAGCCUGCAGCAGAUCGUGGCUUUUUAGAGCUCAAUCAGAACGCCCAAAGAGAAGCUGCAAGUCGGCGCGUCUUGGAGUUAACAUCGACGGGGUUUUGUUUUUUUUCCAGACCGCCGGGAGGACUGAUGUUUCUCCACACCUUCGAUUCAGGCAGGCUGAUUUUGUGAAUCGGAGUUUUUGCGAAACGGAGCUAUGAUCUCUGGCUGCGUUGAGGAAUGUCUCCCGCGUUUCUGCGUGAUCCGAGACCGCCCGAACCCCAACGACUUGGUCAGGAGGAGAACGCCGCUGUCCCCGUCUGGAUUAUGUGUUUGACUGAUGUAAACCAUAUGGAAGAAAUAGAAUAGAAAAGUGAAGCACAUGGGGAAACCACCGGGAAUGAAACACUCCUUCAUUAAGGUUUUGGCAGCUUUUCUCACAUACUUCAUGGAGAUGAACAACUUUAGAGUUGUGGACGCCAAGGAGUACGAUUCCAAGUCCUCCUCCAACAUGUCUCCAUCAGACUUUCUGGACUCGCUCAUGGGUCGCACGUCCGGAUACGACGCACGAAUUAGACCCAAUUUCAAAGGUCCACCAGUUAAUGUUAUCUGCAACAUAUUUAUCAACAGCUUUGGUUCUAUAGCAGAAACUACAAUGGAUUACAGAGUGAACAUCUUUCUGCGGCAGAAGUGGAAUGACCCACGGCUGGCUUACAGUACAUACCCAGACUCCUCGCUCGACCUGGACCCGUCCAUGCUGGACUCCAUAUGGAAGCCAGAUCUUUUCUUUGCCAAUGAGAAGGGGGCCAACUUCCAUGAUGUCACCACAGACAACAAGCUGCUGCGCAUCUUCCAUAAUGGAACUGUGCUAUACAGUAUCAGGUUGACUCUCAUUCUAUCCUGUCCAAUGGAUCUGAAAAACUUUCCGAUGGAUGCACAAACCUGUACAAUGCAGCUGGAAAGUUUUGGCUACACCAUGAAUGAUUUGAUUUUUGAGUGGAUGGAGAACGGCGCAGUGCAGGUGUCAGAGGGACUCACCCUGCCUCAGUUCAUUAUGAGGGAGGAGAAGGAAUUGGGUUACUGCACUAAACAUUACAACACUGGUAAAUUCACCUGCAUCGAAGUUAAAUUCCACCUGGAACGACAGAUGGGCUACUACCUGAUCCAGAUGUACAUUCCUUCUCUCCUUAUCGUUAUACUCUCAUGGGUGUCUUUUUGGAUAAAUAUGGAUGCUGCUCCUGCCAGAGUGGCACUGGGAAUCACCACUGUGCUUACGAUGACCACUCAAAGCUCUGGCUCUAGAGCUUCUCUUCCAAAGGUCUCGUACGUGAAAGCCAUUGAUAUCUGGAUGGCUGUGUGUCUGCUCUUUGUAUUUGCUGCAUUGCUAGAAUAUGCAGGGGUUAAUUUUGUCUCCAGGCAACAGAAAGAGUUCCUCCGCCUGAGGCGAAGACAAAGAAGGAAUCACAAGGAGGAUGAAGGCCGCUUUAAUUUCACUGGGUACAACAUGAAUCAGUGCAUGCCAACAAAGGACGGCUCGGCUGUUAAGAAUGCGGUUCCUCCUCCGAACCCCCAGCCUUCAACUCCAAAGGACAUAGAUGCUAUGAGGAAAACGUUUGUAGACAGAGCCAAGAGGAUAGACACGAUCUCCAGGGCGGCCUUUCCCCUGGCUUUUCUGAUCUUCAACGUCUUCUACUGGAUCACAUAUAAGAUCUUCCGACAUGAAGAUGUCCACAAACAGUAACGACUUAACCCUCAGCUGAUAACGUUGCAUUUUCCAUUUCUCAGAUUGAGAAAUGCUCGGGAAACUGUGCUGAGAGGCACGAUGGCAACAAUGGUGGUGGUUUUUCAGGGAUAAUGUACAAUGUUCAAGGAUUAUAAAGAGAAAAUGCUCAUUUAUCUGAUCAUGUGAAGGUUCUUGAGACCCAGAUGCUUUGUUUGUUCAUGUAGUUGUGUGUAGUAUCUGAUUAAGAGUAAGUCACUGAAGAAGACGGACCAAAACGCCCCUUAAAUAAACCUGCUCUGGCAUCUCUACAACCAAGGAAACAUUCCAUGGAUUUGUGACUAUAGCUAAGAUUUUUUUGAUGCAAAAUUUCCUAUCAAUGAUGUUCAAACUGUUUCAUAGUGCACUAUUGUUUUGACACCUUAUUCUCUCUGUCCAGAAUAAGUUCUAAGCAAGCAGAGCAUGUAUGCAUAUUAGAAAUGUAAGGAGCGGCACAUGUCUCAGGUACGGCUGUGAAGAAAGGAGAUGGAAAUCUAGGAUAGGGAUCUGGAGAUUCCCUUUCAAUGAAAAACCUGAAGCCUUAGAUGUUAGAUUUGGAUUGGAUGAAGUGGUUAGCUCUUGUAUUUUUUUCACACCUCUAUCUAGCAAGUAUUCACAGAUAACUGAUGUCACAAAAAAUUGUGAGUUUUGUUCACGUGUUUUUAAUUUCUCUAUUAAAUAAGCUGUCACGGGCUGAUUUUUAAACAACUGUAUAACUCUGAUUGUACAUUAUUCUGUGUUGUCAUAUGCAUAUUUAUUAUACACCAGGGAUUUACUCCAGGUAUAUUUGGUACUCGGUUUUGUAGAUUUAGCUAGAUGAAAUAUUUAUUGUAAUGACUCGAAGGUUCUGUUUAUAAAAUUAAAUCUUUGUGUAAACUUA